UCGCUAGAAUCAGUUGAUGUUGAGCGGUGAAAGGGAGAGCACGUUUUCCCGCUGUGAGCGCAGUUGGUGCUAUCUUCCUUUGGUGUUGCAAUUUGGCUUUUAGUUUACCAGGGAGAGAGGGAGUUGAGUGUCACGCGAUCCCUCGAAGUGCUAACGGAUUAUCCGUGCGAAUAGGUGGCGCACAGAAGGAGCAGGAAGAGCCAGUGUCCACUAGCGGGGAGCUCUCAGCAGAGAAGGAACGGACGAGGUCACGCGCGGAAGAGGUCACAAGGUGCGGAGGCCGAGCGGCGGAAUGUGGUGGUGACCUUGCCACUCCCUCCUCCAAGGUACAGGGCAGAGGAAUUAUCAGCAGUAAGAAAAGCUGUGGACAGGUGAGACAGCAGAAGUAGGUGUGACAGGGAGCAGCCAUGUCACACCACAGCGACGAAAAUGCCAUAUACGCCUCCACCGACUCCUUUUGGGAGGUUGGUAACUACAAGAGAACAACAAAGAGAAUUGAGGAUGGAAACAGACUAUGCGAUGAUCUCAUGAAGUUGGUCUCAGAAAGAGCGGAGAUUGAGAAAAUGUAUGCGAAGAACCUGAAAGAAUGGGCAAAAAAGUGGAAUAACAUUAUUGAGAAAGGGCCAGAGUAUGGGACCACAGAAGCAGCUUGGAAGGGAGUGCUGAUGGAGGCAGAGCAACGGUGUGAGCUGCACAUGCGUGUGAGAGAAAAUCUAAUCAAUGACGUCCACAGCAGUGUCAAACAAUGGCAGCGUGACAAUUACCACAAGUCCAUGAUGGGCCAACUGAAAGAGAAGAAAGACAUUGAAGACAUGUUCAAGAAAGCUCAGAAGCCAUGGGCCAAAAUUUUGGAGAAAGUGAACAAACACAAAGCAGAUUACCACAAUGCCUGCAAGAGUGAACGUUCCGCGCAGAACCAGGAGCGUAAUGCUGGUGGUGACUCCUCACUCUCUCCAGACCAGCACAACAAUAUGAAGGUGAAGAAGCUACAAGAUAGAGUUUCCAAAGCAAAGGAGGAAGUUUCACGUGGAAGGGAAAAGUAUGAACUCGGUCUGCGAGAAAUCUCAGAUUACAACCCUAAAUAUAUUGAGGAGAUGAUCCACGUCUUCGACAAGGCACAGGAGGCCGAGUCUAAGCGGCUGAUGUUCUUCAAGGACAUGCUCUUUGCAACACACAAAUGCCUCAACAUCUCAAAUGACCCAAGCUUGCCACGAAUUUAUGAGGAAUUCAAUCAUACAGUAGCAAACGCAGAUUACGAGAAGGACCUGAAGUGGUGGAGUAACAAUCAUGGGGUAAACAUGCCCAUGAACUGGCCUUCAUUUGAGGAAUAUUCAGAGGAAUUCCGUGACAUUAGCGGCAAAGGCAAGCGCAGCGGCCAGAUCCCCGAGGGCGCCAUCACGCUGCUCAACCAGCGCACCGUCGGAGAUGACCUGCCAGAGUACACGCCAGAUCUGCACCGCAUCAGUAAGAAGGGAACCAAGGGAGCAGUGAGUGGAACAGGAGACGUCACACUCACAUCUGUUAAAGGACCGCCCAACCAUACCUCGCCAGCCACCUCGAAAGCCUCAGACAACAAUAGACACUCGGCGAUAAGCGACCCACAGGAGUCCCACGAAGCGUCCAAUCCUUUCGAUGAGGAGGACGAUCCACACAGUCAAAACAAUGGAGUGAGUGGAGAUGACGAUGAGUGGGACUACAGCGAUCGCAUGGUUGAUCCCAACAAACCUGGAGUGCCAGUUCGAGCGCUCUAUGACUACGAAGGUGUUGAGUCAGAUGAGCUCUCUUUCAAAGUCGGGGACACCUUUGAGAAGCUAGAGGAUGAGGAUGAGCAGGGAUGGUGUACUGGACGCAAGGAUGGGCGGAUCGGUCUCUAUCCUGCGAAUUACGUGGAACUCUGCUAAGCCAUCAUGUAUACCCAUUUUGGUAGAUCCAACAUGUAACAUUUCUGUGUAAAGACCUGUAGCAUAACAUUACCAAGCACAGCAGCUGCUCCCUGACUGGCCUGCCACCACAGGCUGGAAGACUGGUCUCCAACACUCACAGCAACAGUAAAUUCAUACCUCACAUAACCUUUGCCGAAAGAGGGUCAUUAGCCCCAUCCCUGUCCAACAGGUCUUUUUUAGUCCAUAUGGUAAUGUGUAGCAGUGAUUUAGCACUACCAGCAUAUUGUCUCUUGGAUGAACGUGGAUUUGUGUCAUUGAGGUGGAUGAACCCAGAUGUAGCUUUAUUCAGACAGGUCACUCCGCUCCUAUCUGGAGAGUCCAACCAACAGCUGAAAAUGGUUCAUAGCCUUUCAGGAGUUUGUCACUUUUGUCAGUGUUAUGUUUGUAGAAAUUUUUCAACUAAAGAAUAGUUGAAUAUUCUUGAUUUAUCCAACAUUACACUUAACCUUUAUGUGAAUUUUUUAAAUUCUUAGUUCCUGAAAGAUUGAACAAGAUGUC